ACACCAGCGAAGGUAGUAGUCGUUUUGCUUCCGUUGUCCGUAUUUUACUCUACCAAGUACCCACUCAUCUUUUUUCAUGCGCUCUUUCUGGCCUCUACCCUCUGCUUCUAUUUUCAAAAUUGUUCAGGAACACCUGCUCAGCUCAACGCUCUUAACUCCAACUCCGGAGGACCAGACGGAUCGCGACGCAGAUGGGCCCAAAAAAGAAGACCGUGGCGGCCGAUACUGGUCGUACGAUCUCGCAGGGAGCCUUCGACGAUCUGGUUAAGGAAAACAUUGACGAUCUCGGAAUGGACCCCGCCGAGGCCCUCCAGGACGCCAUCCAAACCCUAACUCUCCAGGGCGUCGAUCUCUCCGGGAUCGUCACGUGCCUUCCAGGAGAGGGUAGUGUAAAGGAUAAUCCUGUUAUACAGAGCUUGGUUGCCUUGAAGCAGCUGGAUUCGGAUUUAAAGGAUGAAAUCAGCAAAAAGGGUUUGAACGACCUUUUGGAAUUUCUUGAUAAGCUUACAGAGCUGUGCGGUGACCAAGGAUCGGGGAAUGCGGCAAUAGCAACAAGGAAUGGUGGGGUGGAAUUGCUUUGUUCUAUUUGUUCAAAGAUUCGAAGUGGGUGCGAGCAAGUUCUCAUUUCGGCUUUGAGGGCAUUGGUAUCACUUCUUCAUGAUCUUCAAAGUACAGAAACAUUUCGUGCAAGUGGUGGACCGGCUACUGUGGUGGGUAUUCUAAAUGAUUACAGUCAAAAUCUAGACAUCUUGAGUAAUGCUUUCAUGGUUGUUUCUGCGGCCUCAACUGGUAAUGAAAUCAUCAAAGAGUCAUUCAUGGAGUUGAAAAUUGAUGAGCUUAUCAUGCGAAUACUGAGUGACCCACAUGGGCAGAGUAGAGGCAGCAUCCAGAGUAUAUAUGACUCUAUACGUGUUCUGUUAACACCAGAUGAUAACCGUGUUGUGGCUUCUCAAGUUUAUGGUUAUGCACGAGUUUUUGCGAAAAUUGGAGUUGCAAGAGCUGUAGUGGACUCACUUCAUGCAGGGCUUAGCUCACCUGGUCUAGUUACAGCAAGUAUCGCUCUAAAGGCUGUUGCUGUCAAUGCUGCAGAAUGUGUACAGGGCAAAAUAUUUGUUUCAGCCGAGAAAACAAAUACCGGCCGGUACACCCGGUAUUUGGGGCAAUGCAAAACGAAGGAUGAAAUAUGUAAAUCCAUUGCAGAAAGUGGUGGCAUUGAUGCAGUUCUCCAAUGUAUUGAUGAUAGUGGUGAACAAGGCAACAAGAUUGUUGCUAGAGCUUGCUGUUCUCUGUUAUCCAAGUUGGCCGGAAGUGACACAAACAAGACUACCAUUGUUGAGAAGGGGGGUAUGGACAGGCUAAUCAAACUCUCAGCCAGAUUUUCUGAUGACCCUGCUGUUUUGCAAGAGGUAAUGUCCUUGAUUUCUGUACUCUCCCUGAGAUCGCCAGAAAAUGCUGCCCGGGCCAUUGAAGCUGGGGCUGGGGACCUUGCUAUCCAAGCCAUGGAGAAGUUCCCCACCGCACAACAGAUGCAAAGAAACUCCUGCCUCAUGAUCCGGAAUCUUGUAGUUAGGAACCCAGAAAACAGAACUCUUCUUCUUAGUCAUGGUAUUGAGAAAUAUUUAAGGGGAGCUAAGCAAAGCCACGAAAGCUGUAAGGAUGCUGCAAGCGAUGCACUGAGGGACCUUGGGCUUGAUAAUUACAACUUGUAAGCCAUGGCUUACAAACGAAGCUUUACAUGCAACUUCCAUAGACACGUGUGGCCAACAGUUUUGCUUGCCCUUUUCUUUGGGAUUUUUAUGUGAGACGACCCAAAUGAUGUAUUCUGAUGACGUUUUGAUGUCGCGAGCUUUUUACCAUGGUCUUUUAUGAAAAUGGUGCCUCAUUGGUAAAUGCCAAUGGGGGACAUGGUUUUUUUCCCUCCCCCCGAGUUAAUCAAAGACCAUUUGGCCAUUUUGUCGAAGACUGCAAAAACUCCAUCAGGCUGAAGUCAUGGCCAGGGAUUCGACUCCUUUUCCUUUACAGGUGUUACGAAAUGGGUUAAUUGCACCUAUCACCCAUCAAUUAUCAUAUAUUUGUAAGACUCGAGCACUGUAGUGAUGAUUGAAAUACCAAGUUUUAUCAUACAAAA